UUCUCUAAGGUCCAUAUGGACCUUCCCUUGGUGGGUGGUGAGUACACAUGGUCUAACGGCCGUGCUUGGUCGAAAUUGGAUAGAUUCCUUGUCUCGCCGUUAUGGGAAGCCCACUAUCCAGAAGUAAGUCAGAAAAGGUUAGCUCGAGUCAGUUCAGACCAUUUUCCCAUUCUCUUAGAUUGUGGGGGCAUUCACAGGGGUCGCCGGUAUUUCAAGUUUGAGAAUAUGUGGCUUAAAGUGAACGGGUUUGUAGAGAUGGUGAGUACUUGGUGGGCAUCGUACCAGUUUAGUGGCACUCUGAGUUUCAUUCUUGCAGGUAAGCUGAAGGCUCUAAAACAAGAUCUGAAGAAGUGGAACUUGGAAGUUUUUGGUCACACUGACAAUCAAAAGUCCACUUUGUUGGAGGAAUUGCAGGAGUUAGAGGGUAAGGAAUUAUUGAGACAUCAUGGUGCCAAAAAUCCAGAGCCCUUUGGUUGAAAGAGGGUGAUAG